CUAUUGAAGUGAACCUCCAAAAAGCUCUUGCUGAAGCUUCUGAAACCUGCACACAAGAAUGUCUCAUCCUUGGCCAUUCUGACAAUUGCUGGAUGCCUCCUUCCCUGACACAGUACCAGCAAUCCAAUCCUCCUUUGCCAGCAUUCGGCUUCCAGCAAGGAUGGGGGUGUGGAGCCAUGCCAGAGGGAAGGCACACCCUCGGAAGGCCCCUUCCGAAGGAUGAUACUGACAAAGGCCAAGGGGGACCCAGGCCUCAGUUCUACAACACCUGCGAAAGACACUGCACCAGUGAAGACCCAGUCAAAGUCAUUCCUCUUGCAAACUUCAUCCCGGCCCAGGCAGCCUCCAUAUCUGGGAAGAACGCUACUUUGAUCCAUGAGCACCAACUAUAA